AUGGAGUCUGGUUGUUUUCAGGCGAAAUGACUCUCCUUCAACGCUUGAAAAAUCUGCCAUCAUUUUGGGCAUUUCGGAGCUUUCUACCUGUCAAGGAAGGUAGUUUCCUUUCUAUUAUAAAAUCUACAUUUUCUUUUUUGGGUUAAAAAAUGUAGCUGCGGGUAUUACGAGGUGCAGACAGUUAUCUGCAAUGGCCUGGCAUGCCCAGGCCUCUGCCAAAAUAAAAUAACUUCCGUUUGCUUCUGCCUGAAUACAAUAUAGUUAGAAAAGUGCGAUUUUUUUGUAGUUAACUGUAAUCUUUCCAUUUGUAUGAUUUUAGUGAGUUCAUGUUAUAAUAACCUUAGAAAGAGGAUAAAUUACAACUAAAAUCCUUUCACAUUGUCCUGUUUUCAUGUGUUUUCAUCUUCGCCUCCUUAUGUACAGUAUGUGCCUAUUCUCGGACACUUUUUGCAUUUAUCACAAUGACUUACCUCAGAAGGGUGGGGGCAAGCUGAUACUUUCCUAGUAUAAAGUUCCCUUCCUUGCAUUAACAUACCCUAAAGACUGGCUGGUUGAACGCCUAACGUUUUUUCCCAGAUUAGGCAAUUGAUUUUGUCCUUGUGCACCAACAUGGGUGCGUGACGUUAGGUAAAAAGUGUCUGCAGUUUGCUGGUCAUUGCUAUUGAGCAGAUAAAGAAAUGAUCCCAUCUCUCAUCCUCCGGCGCCCAGUGGGCAGAGUGCAGUCACGCAAGCCAACAUACCCUGAAGUGACUACUAGGGAUUCAGGACUUGGUACAAGGGAUCUGAGUGUGAUGAUGGUGAACCGUGGUUUGGGAGGGGAUCUCCAUGAAUGUCUCAUUUGCUCUAGUGGUCAAAGGAUGAGGAGGAUGAUGAUGAAAAACCAGCAAUUCUUCAUUCUUUUCUAAAAUCAAGUGACAGUGUACUUGAUCUGUCAUCACUCUUAGCGAUUCAGUGCCAUUUAAGAUGGUCCCUAAUAGGGUUCUCUCAUCCUGUUAUCCCAAUCCAAAUUUUUGCUUAAUCCGGUAAUCUGGAUGAUUAUUUUUAGCAUGCCACAACCGAUGCUUACUUUUAAUCCCUUAUCUUGCCCCCAUCCUGCCCUUCAAAAGAGGCAAAGCCUGGAUUCCAAAGAACCUACUGGCAACCCUCUUUUAGAGCAAGUCAUUUCUACUGGCUGUUAUUUUUUAUUUCCAGCCUAUCCUGCCACCAGAUUUCAUGGCAAGCUUGUCACAAGAUGUUCAGAGCCUUGUUGUAGGAGAUUAAGCACAGUUGAUUUAAAUGGUUAGUACCAGUUUGGUGUUUUAUUAUUACCCCAACAGAGUUGCAAAUAACCCGCAGUCAGUGGGCAAUAGAAACCUUUAGAUUCUAAGACAAUGAUGACUACAAGUACGAGAUUUUCUCAGUGCUAAGAAGUUUGCAUGAGUGAACUGGCAUCAUUUUGGUGGGAAAAUGUGAUCACUGUUGUCAUUCUACUUCAAGUUUUAGUGAAAAUGUCAUAGUGACAGAAACAAGUUAUCAAAUGUUAGAAGUUUCAUCACUUUGUGAUUGGGUGAGGGAUUAACCUCCUUCAAUAAAAAUAACAGUGCUAACUUUUCUGGUGAACAAAAAUUACAAUUAAACUUUAAGGGUAUUUAGUUUUCAGGAUUACGGGAAAAAAACUUUAGCUUCAAUCUUGUCCUCGUCCUCGGAUCGAGAGGGCUUUGUUGUCUGACUAAAAUUUGUCUAUGUCCAACAAAAUCUUAACUACAAAUAUGGUUGGACAUAAUGUCCAGUCAAGGAUAAUACCAAAGGCAACCAAUUUGUAAGAUAUUAAAAACCUGCCCUGACGUCUCAAUGAUAUAGCAUGUUACAGUGAAUAUAUGGAGUAAUAAGUCUACCUGAGAAUGUUGCACCUACUAAGGGGCCCAACUUAUGUUAAAAAUGCUUAAUGCGUGCUUGAUUGUGUCUGAUCACAUUUUUGUUUUGUCCAGCCAAAAUGGUGACUUAGCCGGACAUAUUUCCUUUCAAGAAAGAAAAAAUUAUUUGUAGCUCUGCCCAAAACCUUCUAGCCUGGGCCACAGAUGGAACUUCUGGUUAUCCACUGCGAGCCAACGCAAAUCCUUGUUCUGGGCCUUCGGGUUGUGUACCAGGAUUUGAGUACAUGCCAUGGUUGGCCUGUUAACAAAGUCAUUGUCAAUUUGCUAAGCAGGUUGAUGCAUUUCGCAUUUUCGGCAAUUCGUGGAGUAUUUUGGGGGCCCAGAACAAAGAUAUGGGUACUGCUUUGCAGACGUUAUGUUUAAAACCAGGAUUAAAUUUUGUUUGUGAUACAGGCUACAAACAUUUCUUACACAAGGAUUCAAAAGAUGGAUUCAAAGACAUGGGAUUUUGUUGUAUUGGGGGCAGGAGAUUUUUAAGGGUUCUUAUUAUUUUCAGUUGUUGUGUAACCCUUAGCUGAAGUUUUUUGAACGCUGUUAGUCUAAGCAAAAAGUUAUUUUAAUUUACUCUUGCAUAUACUUAGUACAAUUAAGUCAUAUAGUGUGAAAAAUACAUAUAAAACAAUGAGAAACACCAAAAUAAUGAGGAUAAUGACCCAUCAGUGGUUCAUUCACAUUUCAUUAUCAGAGUAAACCAGACAGUGAACUUUAUUCACAGAUCUAUUUUGUCAAAUAUUUACUCUCCCUAUUCACAAGCUCUCUUGUAGUUAGGUUUGUAUUAGGUGGGUUUUGUCCUAAAAAAUCCAAACUGUUGUAAUCACUUUGUGAUUGUUAUUACUGGCCAUUUUUAACUUACAUCACUGCUCAUAUCUUGUUUUGUUCAAAGCUGAUAGCUGGAGGAGUGGGAGAAAAUAUAUCCGAGGAUACGAAAACAUACCUGAACUUGAAAGGUAAAGGCAAUCACAAAGUCUUUGUUGUAGUUUUAUGUAAAAUAAUGUUUAUGCCAGUAAAUUGCAUAUGGCAGUGACCAACUCGAAAGCCUAAGCUCCUUUGGUCACUGUGCACAUAUUACCUUUCACCAUCUAUGUAACAUUUUUUUUCUUUUUUUUCUUUUUUGUACUGUAUUACUCAUAUAUGAAGCUAACCUCGCAUCAGGGAUGGGUGUUUAUGGACUUAAAUGAUACAUGAUUUUUGAAAACAAACAGUAAAACAUUUGCUUAAUCUUUCAUGUGCAGUUACUCAUUCUUUUUUCAUGUUUUGAAUUUUUUCUUUCUAGUGCCCCUGAGGAAGUUAAAAGAGUGUUUAGUCUGCAAAAUGCAAACCAGGUAGAGUUGACUCCGGAUAACUCAAACCCUCGCUAACUUGAACCUCGUGCUAGCUCAAACCAAAAUCUAUUUCCCCUGGAUUUCCGUCACAAAUUUGCUGUAAUUUUACCCCUUGGUAACUAGAACCCUCAAUAACUCGAACCCCCCGCUAACUCAAAGUAGUUUUUGUUUCCCCUCAGAUCAUUUCUAUAUAAUUUUACCCACGAUAACUCGAAGAAUGUUUUGUUAUACCUUUAAAAAGUGGAGGGAAAAAAACAAUGUACUGGCGUCUGAAACUGAAUUUUGAAAUUCCCAUUGACGUGUUGUAGGCAUAUAGUUUAGUACUGGAGGAUGAUGUUGUUUGUCACAAAUCUAACGUGAAACAACUUUAUCAGACUCAAAAAUAGUAAAACGCAUGCUCUACAAGUUAGACUUAAAUGUGUUGUUACAUUACGUUCUGAUUUAUAAUCAAGGAGUAUCUUUUAAUUUUCACUUGACAUUUCUACGAUUAAAUGAGAUUAAAAUGUUCACUGUGCAGUAAAAACUGUUCUUUUCCCUACUCCUGGCUAUUUUCUUUGAGCUUUCGACAACUCGAACUGUUUUCCAUUUCCCUUGAAGGUUCAAGUUACUGGAAGUCGACUGUAAUAUUAAUUAUAACAUGAAAGUUAUUGUUUUUUUUUUGACUGAAUCUGUGUUAUCAUCUGAAAUAUUUGUUUCUGAAGUGUUAUUUCCUCAAUGUACUGAAAGUUAAGAAUAGGAAAUCGCUUUUAUUGCAAUCCAACCUUAGCUGUUUUGCCGACUUAUACCUCCGAUCAGAAUCACAAAACAAUGUUUUUUUUUUCACCUGUGAGAAAAAUGAUCUGUCCAAUUAAAAGCCAUUCGUGAGUUUCAUGCCAAAAUUCCUUAUGGCAUUAAUAUACUUGUUUUUGUAUCAUAAAUCCCACUCGUUUGUUGCACCAACCUGUUCAAUUUCUGACACAUCAGCAACUCAUGCAUAAAUACUGUAGGUGCACACUUUCCAAUAUUUGUUCAUUUUCUUCAAAUAUUACAAUCUCCAGUAUUAAAGAUUUAAUCCUGCUUUAAUGCGUACUUUUCUUUCAUUCCUUCAGUUUGAACAUCGGAAAGUUGCCAUUGAAAAAGCAAGAGAACAAUACACUGAUGAUGCAGAGAGGAAAAGUAAGUUCUUCUGAUGCUGUUUGGCUAAUGUACCACUGUAGAGACCAGUUGCUUAUGUACUGUUGCACAGAGCACGAGCAAGAAAUAAUUAUGGGAGAGAAAUAAGAGGAAGAUUCCUUUUUCUCCCAUCCCAUCACUCCUUGAUCCCCCCUCUCAGCCCCCAACCCCCCACUGCUCAAAUAUGAGGCAGCUUAACAAGUGGGUUCUUAUUAUAAAUUGUUAUUUUUUUCAUUUAUUACAAUUUUGAAUAAUUGCCUCUCCAUGUUACCUCUUUCUCAUCAGUUGCAGAAUUGUCACUGAAAAUUGAAGCAGUGAAAAAGCAUAACAAUACAGGGAGGAAUUCAAAAAAGGUAGCUUUGUAUCAGACCGUGUUGGAAGUUAGAGUUAAGUUGAAUACGACAGGGGUGGGCUUGAUUUUCAACACUCUCUCAGGUCUGGUUUUGUUUCUCCCCGAGAAGAGAACUUUUCGGGGGAGAAGCGUCGGCUCAUUUCCCGAGCGGUGGUUGGUAAUCGAGCUUAACAGAGGGGAAGCUAGGAUUUAAUUUUCUUGAAAAGGAAGCUGACUAAUUGCUUGUUAUUAGGAAUUAGACAGCUUCCUUGUGGAUGUGUUAAGAAGGAAUCCAUCACGAAACUGAGUAAUUUUAAUUUUCAGUGGACAAAAACCUUGUACCAGUAUAAUUUAAACAAUAUCGCAUUCUUUUUUACAUUUUUCAAGAGUUACAAAUGUAAUAAGUUAUCUGUAAUAACACCAAAGAAAAUUUCUUAUGAUAGGGCGAGAAAAUAAAUGUCAAAUUUCACAAAAUGACACCUUACACAUGUUAUACUACUACAUGAAAAAUUUCUGCAGUUUGAUUGGCUUAGAGCAGUGGUAUUUCAGCUUAAUUUGAAAUACCUACAUGUGAAAAUUGCAAACCUUUUGUGGGUAGUAGUAUAAACAAAUAAUAGCAUGAUUUGUACGUAAUAUUUGGCAUAAAUACCACUUGUGAUAUUUCAAAAUUGUCUCAAAUUUCACUCGCCAAACGGCGCGUGAAAUUUCGUAUAACAAUUUUGAAAUAUCACACAUGGUAUUUAUGCCAAAUAUCACUACAAAUCAUGCCAUUACCUAUACAAAUUUUCAGAAUUUUGCCUGUGUUUUCACAAUUCUUCUGAAAUUUGACAUUUAUUUUCUCGAGUUCCCAUGAGAAAUAGUCUUUGGUGUUAUUACAGGUAACUAAUUAUAUCUGCAGCCCUUGAAAAAAUAUAAAAAGGAAUGCGAUAUUGUUUUAAUUAUUCUGGUACAAGGGUUUUGUCCACUGAAAAUUAAAAAUUACUCAAUUUCCUGAUGGAUUCCAUCGUAAGUCUUUGUAAACGCAUUUCUGUAACAGUCCACAGUAUGUUAAUGAUAUAUGAAAUAAAUCAUAUAUGAACUGCGGAAAUGAAAUGAAAAUGAAGAAAUGAUCGUCGCAGUGAACGCAAUUUAUGCAAUUGCAUAAAGAAGCCUGAAAAAAAAAUUCAGGACUUCAACGGGGUUUGAACCCGUGACCUCGCAAUACUAGUGCUAUGCUGCACCAACUGAGUUAUGAAGCCACUGACAUUGGGAGCAGGUCAAUAAUUGUGGGUCACGUCAAUUGACCUGCUCCCAACGUCAGUGGCUUCAUAGCUCAGUUGGUAGAGCAUCGCACCGGUAUCGUGAGGUCACGGGUUCAAACCCCGUUGAGGUCCUGAAUUUUUUUCAGGCUUUUUUAUGCAAUUGCAUGAAUUGCGUUCACUGCGACGAUCAUUUCUUCAUUUUCAGUCCACAGUAUAUUAGUAUAUUUGUAGUCUAAGAGAACAGAUCAUAAGUAACCGUCACUCCUGCAAAUAUCCACUGUUUCACUGUUCAUCAGCAGGAUGCCUAAAAUGCCUGCAACACUUCCCCUACAAUAAUAUUAAUUACAAUUAAAAUUAUUGGUUAACUUUCCCCUUCAAUAAAUCUUAUACCGAUUGACGAUGGGAGGAGCCACGCAAAAUUUGAGCGCCAUUACUGGCAGGACAUGUUAAUAAGGAGUAAGGGUGGCACAGUGGUAAGAGCACAGGCCUCCCACCAAUGUAGCGCGGGUUCAAACCCCGGCAUCAACGUCGUAUGUGGGUUGAGUUUGCUGUUAGUUCUCUCCGUACUUUGGUUUCAGUUCCCCUCUCUUCGGAAACCACUUCCAAAAUCAAAUUUGAUCUGGAACGCAGGACACCUUUAUAUAAGAACUCUUAAGUGUUUGGUGAGUGGACGAGUUUCAACUAGCAAAUUUUUUUGCAAUUAAUCCGAGGCUGUCUUGUGUACAUAACAUGUAGGCAUUCUGAGCAUGCUCGCGAUACAUUACAUUACAUCUAUACAUUACAGCCUCGCUGAUUAUUAUUUUUAUUCUUUUAUCCUCGCUUCUUUUUCAGGAUAAACACAAUAAAGUAUUUCUUAACUGGUUAAUAAGUCAACGAAAAAAGAAACUAGGCCAUCUCAAGAACGGUCGGUUUGAGCGUUACCUGGUGUUAUCAAAAGAACUCGACCUUCGUCUUCUGGAGAGCCCGCAUACAAAAUGGAACAAAUACAAGUUCAGAAAGUUCAAAAUAGGCGUUGAAAUCAAAGAGAAAAAGAGAUUCCCUAAGUGACUAAGACUUUAAUAAAACCUACAAGUUUUGGUAAAAUGUUUGUGCUGGUACAGAUUUCUUUGUCCAUAGAGUACGCAGCUGGAUAAGGGUGGAUUUUCUCUUAAUUUUUACGCACGUACGCACGUAAAUUUUACGCGCCUAAAUACAAUAGAGGCAAUGCAUGGAAGGUCGCGCGUGCACGAAAAUGUUGAACCUCGCUCAACUUUUACGCGCUUACUUUCACACAUUGCUUCUGUUUUAUUUACGCGCGUAGAUUUUACGUGCGUACGCACGUAAAAAUUACGAGACAGUGGACAUCCACCGUAAUACAGGGCCAAUUUUUAAAGUUGGGGCGGCUCGGUGGCUCGACACACCUGACUGACGAGCCGCCGAGCCGCUAAAAUGUACAGUUGUUUCGAGAAAGGUUGACGGGAGAAAUGUGCACGCGACAAUCCCGAAAGGUAAUAUGG